AUGAAGUCCCUUCUUCAGAUACUCUUCCUUGUGGCCAUGCUAAUGCCUUUGGUCAUCGCUGAUUCACAAACAUCACACCAAAAAGAAUCGCCAUUCCUCACCACCACCUAUGUUAAAGGCCACAACUCUACCAAAAUCCCAGCCACCCCAUCUUCAGCGUCUCUCCGAGGAGCCAAAGGCCUCCAUGGGCAUAAAAAUGUGCAUGGGGUCAUGACUUGUGAUAAAUACCCUAGAGUUUGUCGUGCCAAGGGCAGCGAAGGACCUGAUUGUUGCAAGAGAAAAUGUGUGAACGUGUCAACGGACACAAAUAACUGUGGCAUGUGUGGGAAAAAGUGCAAGUACUCGCAAGUGUGUUGCAAAGGUAAGUGUGUGAACCCUAUGUUUGACAAGCACCAUUGUGGAAGAUGUGGCAACAAGUGCACCAAAGGGGAUUCGUGCGUUUUUGGUCUGUGCAGCUAUGCCUGA